GCGGAAUACGAGUUCAUAUUCUAAACUGCCUGGUUUGAGUUCUACAUAUUUUUUUAGCUGUUUAGUUCUAUGUUUUAGUUUAUUUCGCUUAAUAGCAAAUCACCAUGUCGGUGGCGUUUGCACCUCACAGGCAACGUGGAAAGGGUGAUAUAACACCCACUGGAAUUCAGAAGUUACUGGAUGAAAACAAUCAGUUGAUUCAAUGUAUAAUGGACUUCCAGAGCAAAGGAAAGACAGCAGAAUGUUCACAGUACCAGCAGAUGCUCCACAGAAAUUUAGUUUACCUGGCCACAAUAGCAGACUCCAAUCAGAACAUGCAGUCUCUGCUCCCUGCUAAGUGUGACUCCCCUACUCCCCCAGAGGUAAAGCUUGAACCUCCUACUCAGAACAUGCCCAUGGGCCCUGGUGGGAUGAACCAGAGCGGAGUGCCGGGCCCCCAGCCCCCCCACGGACACAACAUGCCCUCUGAGGGCAUGGUCAGUGGCGGACCCCCAGCCCCACACAUGCAGAGCCAGAUGAACGGACAGAUGCCUGGGCCUAAUCACAUGCCCAUGCAGGGCCCUGGGCAGGGUCCCAACCAGCCCCCCAACAUGCCCGGCAGCGGCUCCAUGAACAUGCCCCCCAGCAGCCAUGGCUCUAUGGGCGGCUACAACCAUGCUGUGCCCUCCUCUCAGAGCAUGCCUGCCCAAGGCCAGAUGAACAUGACCCAAGGACCCAUGGGUAACUACGGCCCCCGGCCCAACAUGAACAUGCAGGCUAACCAAGGCCCCAUGAUGCACCAGCAGCCUCCCUCCCAGCAGUACAACAUACCCCCUGGAGGUGGCGGGCAGCACUACCAGGGCCAGCAGAACCCCAUGGGCAUGAUGGGCCAGGGGAACCACGUGAUGGGGCAGAGGCCCAUGCCCCCUUACAGACCCCCACAGCAAGGACCCCCUCAGCAGUACCCAGGGCAGGAAGACUACUAUGGGGACCAGUACAGUCACGCAGGACAGGGAGCCUCAGAAGAGCGAGACCCAGCAGCCAACCAACAGUCCCCCUAUGAAAAAGAUAAUGAGCGAGACCCAGCAGCCAACCAACAGUCCCCAUAUGAAAAAGAUCAUGGUAAUGCCCAGUAUGGCCAGCAGCAGGAGGCCUACCAGCAAGGUCCUCCCCAGCAGCAGGGCUACCCCCCACAGCAGCAGUACCCUGGACAGCAGGGCUACCCUGGACCGCAACAGGGCUACGGUCCGUCCCAGGGAGCCCCAGGCCAGUACCCCCAGGGUUACCCCCAGGGUCAGGGGCAGCAGUACGGGGCCUACCGGGGCCCCCAGCCCGGCCCCCCUCAGGCCCAGCAGCAACGCCCAUACCCAGGCUACGAUCAGGGUCAAUAUGGAAAUUACCAGCAAUGAGAGAUGGCCAUGGCAGUCACUGUCAGUCACCAAGAGCCCUGCUCUGACCUCUAACCUCUGACCUCUGUACAACUGUUAUCUGGACUUUUAUAACGGCUGCAGCUCACAGAGACGCCCACAUACACACACACACACACACUUUGCCCUCUGUCUGGGACUUAUGUAAUGAGAUGAUUGUGUUCACUUCCAUUUCUCCCCUUCUAGUCUGAGUUAAGUCUCAAAGCAGCAAUGCCUUAAAACCAAACAGAGCUGCCUUAUCCAGAGCACUGCAGAUUUCGAAAAGGGCAAAAAAUUACCCGGAAAAUUAAUUUUGUCUAGAUCAGAGGACAGAAGUGUACAGAACUGAACACUCUUGUAGGGCAAUUUUUCUCCAUCCAAUAGCCCCCUGUUCAUAAGAAGCAAUAAUGCCAAUGAGAAGUGGAGGGGUGGGACGGGGAUGGUGAGGGAGGAGAUUUUACACCAGAAACAAAAUUCUGUACGGCUAUGUUAUAUGUCAAGGUCAACAUAUGUGAUGAUGUAAACAUGUAUUUUAUGAUUUUUAGAUGGAGCUAAUUUUGUAUAAGAAUUUGGAGUACUGUUGAAUAUAGUUUCUGUUUUCCUCCUGAACUGUUAUGUCUCUUGAUGUAAGUUGUGAUUAACAUUGUUUUCAUUUGCUA